GAUUUUAUCACAUUUAUAUCUGUAUUCUGGAUUUGAACUCUGUAUAUUGAACCUAAAAAUAUUUUCUAACUAUUAUAGUCACUGGCCUAGCAGAGUAAAAGUGUUAACUAUAGUAUAUGUGUAGUAGAACCAUAUAUACAAAUGUUAAUUAAAUUGUUUCAUAAUAAUUAUGAUGAAUGUUGGGUUGGAUAUAUCAGUUUUUGGGUUCCAUAGUGAACUAAUUAAUAUUUUGCUAAAGGUAUGACACCUCACUUGACUAAAACAACAAUUUUUUUUGAAUGUAUAUUUGUGUUAUGUAAUGUAUACUUAAAUUCUCUUUGAGUCUGUAAAUGUCAAAUCACAUCACAUUCAUAUACUUUGAAUAAUAGAUAAACUAAUAUAAAGUGUAGUCUUGCAGUAAGGCAUUUAUUUUAAAACAAGUUUUUCACAUCAUCUAUUCGGAAAACAGCUUUUUCUGCCCUGAUAGGAGGGAUUAAAGUGGCACUUUUCAGUUCUAGGACAUUUUAUUACUACUAUAAAAUAUUAACAGAAUCAAUAAUGAAAAAAGUAUGCACAUAACAGAUUACAAUUUCUUUAUAAUUGAUUAUGUUCAUACUAUUUUUUAGUUUAAAUAAUAUUUUCACACAUAAUAUCCUCAUAGGUAAUGUGAAAAGGAGUAUAUGUCAUAUGGUGGCAAAAUUAUUUCCACAUUAGGCGAUAACACUUGAAUCCCUCACUACGCUCAGGAUUCAAUGAACACCCAUGCUGUAAAUAUGUCAUUUUGUUCCCUUGUGACACAAUCUACUAUUAAUGAUUUUACUAUUUUUUAGAGUUCCUAAAUGUUAGUCAAUCUGCUUGUUAAAUGUUAUUUAAUUGUUUUUGUUGUUUUAGGCUUUUGAUAUUCUUCAGGUUAUAGAAAUAUAUUGAUUCAUUUGUCUUACAAUGCUGCAAAUCGCCUGGACAUGAUGGCAAAUGUUUAAGGAAUGUAAUGUUUGGAAAUACUGAAAACUCUCAUUACAUAAAUGUAUAUGAGGUACAUUGCAGCAAGUUCCUUCCUUACAUUUGUAAAAUGCUCUGAUACUACUUGCAUUUCCGUAAUUCCUUGUUAAAUGUUUUUUUUUAAUGAACUAUAGAUCACAAUAAAAUAGAAAUUAAGCUUUGAUGAAUGAGAGUUAACAGAUAAUUAAAAAAAAAAAAUUUCGAAUCAAGUGCCAAUUUCGGCUGAACCUGUUGUAUGCUACUUCGAAUUAGUACAAGUUUUUGUACUUUUACACGUGUAUUAAUACAUUAUAAAUAUUAUGUGCGUCUUUGCAACUAGAAUCUAUAAAUAUUUAACAAAUCUUGGCAGGGUACCGAGAGCAUUUACCCCAGCUGCACUAACUCGAAAAAGCUACAUAAGUCCUCAUUAUAGCUGUUAAGCUUGCGAAAAUUCAGCACUGACUGCGAGUAAACGCCCCCAUAUGCCUGCCUAUGGCCUGGGAGUAGGUACCAAAUAUUGUGUAAAAUUAUUAUUUAGAAUUUAGAAUGAGAUUUUAAGAUAAAUAAUGUUAUAAUAUUGUAAAACGAUCAUUGCACUUGUUAUUUAUUAGUAGUGAAAGAAAUAAUUAAAACUUCUUCUAAAGUAAUUGUUUAUGUGCUCUACCUGGCCAUAUCUCAUAUACCCAUGUCUCAGUCGCUUACAAAAAAAUUGAGCGAUAAUUACCCAUUUAGCGGCGCCUUUUGCACAAACAAAAAAUAAUAAAAGGAAAAGUCAUCAUUGGACUUUGCGUUUAUUGCAGACGAUUAAAUAUCAAAUCAUUGCAGUUGGCAUCAUUCACCGAAUUCGCGUCCUAAUUAAUUAUCAGCUCAUUAUCCUAAUUCCUUUUCAGUGUAUUUGUUUGUUUUCGAUCUAAUAUAGGUAGUAGUUAAUUGGGUGCAAAGAUGAGCGGCGGGCGCUCGGUGGGCACGCUGAUAACGAGGUAGUUUAUAUGCAGCGGCGACGAGCGCGCGCGCCAGUCCCGCCGCCAUGCCCGCCUGCGCGCCCGAGUACGGCCGCCUCGCGCGCUCUAACACAGAGCUCGUGUUCUCUCCGCGUGUCAAGCGCUGCUCGCACCAACCGCCGCCCUUCACCGCCCUGCGACGGUCUUUCUCCUCCACUUUCUCGCUUAUUCCCGAAGAACGUGCCAUCUCUCCGGAGCGCCCGCCACCGCUACCCCGUAUCAUAAGAAUCCUUACCUGGGGGCCUCGACUCUUAUUCCGACCGCUAUUCGCUCUGCUAAGUAUCAUCGCACACCCAGCUUGGAAACAGAUUCUCGUGGUAUUGCCGACACUCUGGAUCGCCGCGUCGCUGUUUAUUUUCUGGAAAUGCAUACAGUGCCCAAUAGGAGUGGUAAAAUUGAUUGCGCGCGCUCUCCGUUCAGAAAAAAUCAGCAAGCAAAGGACCGUCCUCAUCAGUGGCGGAAGUUCUGUUCAAGCGUUGCACUUGGCGAGAAAUUUCCACUCAGCGGGGGCAAGAGUCGUCGCCUUCGAGUUGGAGGGUCAAUUUACUUUGCUGAAGUAUUCUGCAGCCGUCAACAAAUUUUACACAAUACCACGACCCAACCCGGCGGACCCGUUAGCCUAUGCGCGCGCCUUGCGUGAGAUAGUGGACAGAGAAUCAGCGGUGUUCUAUGUACCCGUGAGUUCCUCGACCCCGGCUUAUUAUGACGCACUCUCCAAACCAUAUCUAGAAGUGAUGGGCUGUCAGUGUUUCGUGCCUAGUGCUCGUGACGUCGUAACUUUGGAUGACCCUUUGGAGUUGAUACGCGUGUGCCGCGCGGCCGGGUUGGCGACACCGGAGUUUUGGGUAGUGACCAGCGAACACGAUGUUCGUUUGUGGUACGAGAACUACGCUACCAGGGAAGGCCGGUAUUAUAUCGCUAGUGCUGGAGCGCGAGGUGCUAGAGACCGGCUACGAUUCGUUAUGCCAGAAGACAAAUCAAACUUUAGAUUUACACGCGAAAUAAGCGCAGAGAAGCCAUGGGUUAUUAUCAAGGAGCCCAAAGGAGAAAGAAUUGUAACUUGUACGACUUUAAAGGAAUCCCGAGCGGUGAACAACGUGACAUGUCGCGUAGAUUCCGUGAGAAAAGGACUGGUACCGCAGAAAGACGAAGAGGUCGACCUGUGGGUGCAAAAAUAUGUGUCAUCAUUGUCACCGUCGAAACCCAUGACUGGUCACAUAUCAUUUAGACUGGUACGUGAAGAAGCGUCGACAAACGGGCACGGGAACAGGUUAGUUGCGAUGGCAGCUCGUGUAGGAGUAUCACUGCCUUAUUUAUGCCAAGCUUCGACGAGUCGUUGUGGGCACACAACUACAGCUACUGUGGGGAAGCUGCUGAAUUCGGUGUUAGACACACGCGAAGCACUGUUUGCUUUCUGGGACCCGCUGCCAUACUGCGCAUACUAUCGUUCCCGGCGGCCUGAGGAGCGCCGCCCGCCUUCGCCGGAGCCCUGCAAGACACCACCUAAUGUGCCUCUCUGAAGUGAAAUCAGUGCUGGCGUAACAAUAAUUUAUUUAAGACACUCUGUACCUGAAGAGUCGUGAGUGAGCUCUCUGAUUUUCGGCUGAUGCCGUGUCCAAGGAGCGCCUGUCUGUUGUUCUCCCAGUUACCGAUGCCCGGUUCUAGGGACGAUACGAUAUGAUUGUAACUACUAAGUAGAUACCCGUACCAAAUGUUAUUAUUAAGCUAUACUAAUAAGUAUUUGAUAAAGGAAUAAAAACACGGUCGACUAAA